UUUGACAGUUUUUGCGGAACGAAAGAGCGUUCAAAGUCAGAAGGUUCAUGUUCGCGUUCAUCAACAAAAUGGAAUGCAGAAUGCUGUGUUUCCUUUUCAUCAUUCUAGCCGCCAAAGGAUCCAAUGGCGCCGGAUGCGGUUAUCCAGGUGCACCGGCACAUAGUAGCGUGCGUUUCACCAUCAGAGAUUCCGACGACAUCAUAGACGAGGAAGAUGAACUCCUUAAGGAUACCACGUUACCGAUAGGCACUAGAGCUACAUAUUCUUGUGAACGUGGAUUCGAGCUUCUGGGACCAGCUAGGAGAGACUGCCAAGCUAAAGGCUCGUGGAUGCCAGAAGGCGUACCCUUCUGCGUUUUGAACGUGGCAGGCGGCAAAGCGCCGAUGCAAUCCAGCACCAUGGAGGGCGGAUUUCCACAACGCGCGGUUGAUGGAAGCAGCGGUCAGAGAUACACGCCGCAAACCUGCACCCUGACGAAGCCCGAACGAAGACCGUGGUGGUACGUGAACCUGUUGGAACCAUACAUGGUGCAGCUGGUGCGACUGGACUUUGGCAAGCCGUGCUGCGGCAACGACAUCCUCGGCACCAUCACCGUUCGAGUUGGUAACAAUCAACCAGACUCAGCAACAAAUCCCGUUUGCAAUCAAUUUACCGGAUCUCUAGAAGAAGGGCGGCCUCUCUUUUUGCCUUGUAACCCACCGAUGCCUGGAGCUUUCGUUUCGGUGCAUCUGGAGGUUUCGAAGUUUGCCAAUAUUCCCGUGCAAUUGUCCUUGUGUGAGGCGUUCGUCUAUACCGAUCAGGCCUUGCCGAUUGAGAGGUGCCCUCAAUUCCGAGACCAACCGCCAGGAUCAACGGCAACUUACAAUGGCAAAUGCUACAUAUUUUACAAUCGCCAUCCGUUGAUAUUCAGGGAAGCUCUGGCAUUUUGCCGUACGCGAGGUGGCACUCUCGUAGAUGAGAGCAAUCCAGCUUUGCAGGGAUUCAUUUCCUGGGAACUAUGGAGACGACACGGGAGCGACAUGUCCAUUCAGUAUUGGAUGGGCGCAGUUAGAGACCAGAAAGAUCGGACGUUAUGGAGAUGGACUGGAAGUGGUGAGGAAGUAUCUGUUUCGUUCUGGGAUCCAUUACCAGGUGAAGAAGAUUGUGUUCGGUAUGACGGCAAAAAAAGCUGGCUUUGGUCCGAUACACCUUGCUCAUCCCGACUUAAUUUUAUCUGUCAUGAUCAACCACAAGCUUGUGGCAGACCCGAACAACCACCAAAUUCCACAAUGAUGGUGAUCUCCGAGUCAACUAAAAUCUCCGACAAUGUUUAUGAAGUUGGAGCAACCGUGGAAUAUCAGUGUGACGGCAAUAGCCUCCUGGUCGGACCACUAAAUCGCACUUGUCUCGAUACCGGUUUCUACAAUGAGUUUCCACCGGUGUGCAAAUAUAUCGAUUGCAACUAUCCCGCGAACAUAAAAUACGGUAGUUAUGUACUUAUCAACGAAACCACCACUUAUCUCAGCCAAGUACAGUAUACUUGUGAUGAUGGUUAUGAGAUGACCGGACGUGCUCGACUAAUUUGCGACGUCGACGAGCGUUGGAAUGGUCCACCGCCGCGAUGCGAGCCAAUUCUCUGCGAUCCACCGGCUACGGUUGCGCACAGUUCUAUCGAGAUAGAGCGUGAAAGUGUCCUGGUGAGGAAUACUUUCAAUCAAAGUCUACAAGUUAAUAGCAUCGUUACCUAUACAUGUGAAAAAGGCUAUCGGCUCGUUGGUUCCCGACAAAUAAUGUGUUUAAACACUGGAUCAUACGAUCGCGUUGCACCUACUUGCACAGAGGAACCACGAACAACUUUGACUUCUCCUACCCGAGCGACAUUACGUCCGUCCACUCCGAAAAUUCGGACGUACCUCACUUCGAGGACCAGAACCACGACGAGUACAGCAACUACCAGUACAACUCUCUUACCAUCUAGGAAUGUACCAAACACUGCGGAACUCCCAGCAACGGUGAGGGAGACUGUCUCGAGGAGGCCGAGCAUCGGUUUAAAUAGACCCAUGACUCCUUCGUCGGUGAAUGACGCCGGCAGCGAUCACCCACAAGACAACGAGAUAUCUGGAAGCGGCGUGGACCACGCACAAGCGGGAAUCAGCGCAGGCAUACCGGAACCGUCUGGUCCCUUCCGAGUGGAUAGCGCCGAGCAACCUAGCGGUACCCAUCAAGCCAAAUUGAACUUGGGAGCUGUAAUCGCUCUGGGAGUGUUCGGCGGUUUUGUGUUUCUCGCCGCGGUGAUCACAACAGUCGUUAUACUCAUACGCAGAAAUCGCGGAAGAAGCAGUAAACACUAUCGUCACCGUGCGUCGCCCGAUUGCAAUACUGUUGCCAGUUUCGAUAGCAGUUCCUCGGAGAGUCGAGGAGGCCUGAAUCGAUAUUAUCGCCAAGCCUGGGAGAAUCUGCACGAAACCACCGGUCACAAGGCUGGCCAUCCGCCACUUCGUCGUAAGGAGACCCUGGAUGAACCAGGAUACCGGGAGAAUUUCCGUGGUAAUAACACUGAACGCGACGGCUCAGAAUUAGUUGUUAGUGACGUCGCCGCAUAUCCAUCAAGCAAACACGCCAGCGUCUCCGAUAAGAAGCGUCAUCAUCAUCACCAUCAUCAUCAUCACGGAAGCGCAACGCCCGAAUGGAGACAGUCGCAAUCCCAUCAUAGAUAUUAAACAGAGAGCAAAACAGGAAAAAAUCUUUAUACUUACUAUGUCAUCAUCUGCAAUCAUCUGGACGAUGAUUUGGUGUACUAAACAUUCGUAACUGUCAUGAAAAUGUUAAAAGAUCCUCCUUAAAUGAAGGAAGCGAAUCUUCCGCUAGCACAAGUAGUACCUUGAUAUCGUCUUACAAAAAACAGAGACGGAUAAUAAUCCGAAUAGAUCCUACUGUAUUGUUCUGUUACGUUAUAAAUUAUUUACUAUCAUUACGUUAUGAAAUGUAAAUAUUAUACACACUAUAGUUUAAAAAUAAGAAGGAUGGAUAAUCGUUCAUCGUAAAGAAGGUGGUAACUGAUCAGAGGAUAUGCCAAAAAGCAAAGAAAUAAUAUACAAUAAUGACAAUAAUAUACAAUAAUCAAAUAGAGACGCAGUACCAUAACGCUUAACAAUAAGUUAAUCUAAGAUCAAGGAUUUAUGUAAUCAUUUACAUAAAAAUAUUUGUCUAAGGGAGCAUCACACUUGACGCUCACAACGCUCACAGAAUCACUUCAUCUUUAAACAUGAAUGUUGUUUAUCAAACAUUAAAUUAGAAUAAAUAAUGCUCGCGAGCAUUGUAAGUGCCAAAUGGGAACGCACUCUAAAAGGACACCGGAUAUCAGCAGAAUGAACAUCUGUUAUGGGUACCUUGGCCUCGCUUUAAAUUGAUUACUAUGUUUUCAAUCGGAUAUACUGCAUAUAGAUAUCAUUAAGGGAAGGCCGAUGUUAUCCACUUAGG